GUCUCUCUCCGUUAAUAUCUAGUUCGUGGAAUCCCUUUACGUCACUCGGCUCCGCUAGUCUGCUGUUCCUCCGGCGUAGAUUGUCUUGCGAAGCAGGUUGCGCGUGGUGCGGGUGCUGAACAUAAAAGUAAAUAGAUUAACCAUUUAUUGACACACACACGUAACGCAACCAUGCUGAGGUCACGUCUCGCUAGCGUGCCGAAAACUGUUAAACGGAGCCUCAGCACCAAUGUCCCUGCUUUGCAGAAAGCCACCGACCCCAUACAGCAGCUCUUCCUCGACAAACUCCGGGAAUACAAGUCGAAAAGCGUAGGCGGGAAAUUGGUUGAUCCCAGCCCGGAGAUUACGAAAGAACGGGAAUCUGAAUUGGAAAAGCUUCGCACGCAGUACGGUGGUGAUGCAGGAGCAGAUAUGACGCAGUUUCCUCAGUUCAAGUUUAGCGAUCCACCUGUGGACUCGGGUCUUAACAAGUGAACACAUAUGUCGAUAUGUAUAGAACAUUCAUGUACUGUUGAACUAUUAAAUAUUAAGUAAUUCAUCUUAAAAAAUAUAUGUCUAGCUAUUAAA